CGGCGGCGGCGCGGCGGCGGCAUGGCGCUGGAUUUCCUCGCAGGAUGCGUCGGCGGUGCUGCUGGAGUGCUGGUAGGACACCCAUUUGACACUGUUAAGGUGGGUUGGUUAUGAAAUACUUUUGCCUCUAGGUAGCAAGAAAGUUUUUCCAAGGAGCAGGGGAGGAAGAACAAAAGAAUCCCCAGGCACUGUAGGAGCACAAAGCUGUGCUGGAAAGCUUGGAGCUGGCCUCCUCAGCCACCACUUAGAGGUUUGCAGUCUCCAUCUCUUGAGAAGUGAAAACAUUCUUUGCAUGUAUGAUUCAGCCCAGUAACAUGACAAACAUUGGCCUAAACUGCAAGUCCAUCAGUGCUGAUGUUUCUAUUUGAAAAUACCAUCUUCCAUGUGACAGUUUUGUUCUAAACUCGCUUCCCUGCAGCUGUUCAUCAUUAACUGCUGAAACUGCCUCUCCCUGUGUUUGUAACUCAAACCCAUGUCAUUACCAGCCUGACAACUUCUGGUUUGUUUUCCCCUCAAGCUCUGCUGCUUACUCCUCAAGCAUUCGUUUGUUACACUAGCCAAAGGGGUGUAAGUGGGUAAAACCCCACGGCACGAAGCCUGUCUGGGGGCUUUUUCCUUCCCUUUUAAGCAUUAUUCUAUAUUUUUAGAUCUAUCCAAGCUCAAACUGCUUUCCUGACAUCUGUUAGCUGGAUGUGUUAUGCAUACCAAGGGGAGCCACUUCAAAGAUAGGAUCUGAAAUCUCCUGGAGGACCCUUCAGCCAGGACCCCCGGGGCCUAAGCCCAUUUUUUUCAGAAUGGGAUGGCAACUCCAGUUGCUUUUUGGCAGCCUUAUCCAGCCUUGCACUGGAAGAAUAGAAGAAGGGGUGCCAAUAUAUUCCCUGCUACGUUACCAGAGCAGAUCACUUGACUGCAGCAGACAGCGUGCCACCCGCUAGAGCUAUAUUUGGAACACCUCUACCUUGCUCAAUUUAGAUAUGCAAGGAGCUGAUAGUGUUACUGAGCUCACCCCCAGACUCUGUGUUCUAGCACGUGGUUAAUUCAGUACAGAUUUUCCCAGCUAGUGGAUAUCAGGCCUUGCCAGUCACAUGCAAGCUGCUGAAACAGUCAAAUCCACACAUAUGUUUCUCAGAGGGUGGUGAAUUUGGCUGUUAAGUAGUUGGGUUGAGUUCUAGUAUGUAUUUUCUGGAAUGGUAUUACCCAGACUUGCAUGUUUUGUUACAGUGGUGCAGGGCCAGCUGUCAUUUUCCCCUCUCACCCCCCAUCCUGCCAAGUCUUACAUGCUGAACUGAAGGUGAGGGGUCAUUUCACCAAAGCCAGCAAAACUGCUAAAAUUCAGUGCUCAGACUGAAGUUAGCCAUUUGUUUUAAAGUGGAACAGCUUCUAGUGCAUGGAACUAAACAUUUGUCUGCAAAAACUGAGGCUCCCACAGCAGUUCUUGCAGAUGCAUUAAUGCAAGAGAUGUGUUGGCUUUAGAACAAGUAUCUUGCUUUACUUUGUUUCUGGAUAGCUUUGUCUCCUGUGUGGCACAGGGUAUUUUCACACCCAUUAGAAGGUACUAUAAGCAUUUCUCUAUGUUUUUUUUUUUUUGUCAGAGACAAUACUAAUGUUUGUGUUAUGAGCUGCAGACUCACCACAGAACGUGGGGAAAACUAACCCUGUAACUAGCCUUUAAAAAACAAACCAAGCCAUUGCAUAACAUGUUGUGUAUGUACAUGUGUUAAGAAUUAACUCUCUUUAUAGUUCUGCAGUGUUUAAAGGACUAGGCUGGUAGUCACCUUAGACUGUAAGUUUAUAAUGUAACUGAACAAUGGGAAAGCUGCUUAGACAAGCCAGAAUUUGCCUUCUGUCUUGGCAUUUAAGCUCUGUUUUUUUGGGCAGUGGUCACGUUUCCCAAAGCGGGGAGGGGGAUCGUGGGACACACAGGGAGAGAUUGAGCCGCUGAAGUCACUCUGUGAAACGCCCAGCUGAGCUGGUCUCAGAACUGGCAAGCUCCUUGUCCCUGGUUUGUUGAUGUAAUGUAUACAAUUGCUUUUUUGCUUUUAACUGCCUUUACUUUCUGAGCUAGGGGCUGUCUUCAUUAACAGCAAAAGUGUUACUUUGUUGUAGAUGACAGAUAAGCCUCAUCACGGGAGAGUUACCUAGUCCGCCUACAAGUUCAAAAUGUAGAGAAGCCUCUCUACCGUGGGACCUUCCACUGCUUUCAGUCCAUCAUAAAGCAAGAAUCUGCUUUUGGACUCUAUAAAGGCAUUGGGUCGCCAAUGAUGGGACUGACCUUCAUUAACGCGCUGGUGUUCGGCGUGCAAGGGAACACGCUUCGCGCUCUGGGGAAGGACACUCCUCUGAACCAGUUCCUCGCAGGGUCAGCAGCGGGGGCGAUCCAGUGCGUCAUCUGCUGCCCCAUGGAGCUGGCAAAGACAAGAAUGCAGCUGCAAGGAACAGGUGAAUACAAACUGAAAAUGAAGAACUACAAAAAUUCUCUGGACUGUUUGAUCAAAAUCUAUCGGAAGGAAGGGCUGAGGGGCAUCAACAGGGGCAUGGUCUCUACCUUCAUCAGAGAGACUCCCAGCUUUGGCUUUUACUUCCUGACCUAUGACUGCAUGACCAGGUAUUUAGGCUGUGAAGCUGAAGACAGUUACGUUAUCCCCAAGCUGCUGUUUUCUGGAGGGAUGUCAGGAAUCGUGUCCUGGCUCUCAACCUAUCCUGUGGACGUGAUCAAAUCCCGGCUGCAGGCCGACGGAGUCGGGGGUGUUACACAGUACAAGGGCAUUUUAGACUGUGUCAGAAAGAGUUACCAUGAAGAAGGCUGGAGGGUGUUCACGAGAGGUCUGACUUCCACGCUGCUCCGUGCUUUUCCUGUCAAUGCAGCCACCUUUGCCACUGUCACUGUGUUCCUAAUGUAUAUGAGGUCGGAGGACAACCUUUGUGAAUGUGAGCCAGGUCCAGUAAUCCAGCAGCCUUCUAGUUUGUGAACCUCCCCCGUCUGCUCUCCCCAUCCAAAGCCCAGCUGGUUGGGUGUUUUUAAAUGUUGACCCACACAAGCAGUGUAAACCUCUGCCAUCUCCAGAAAGAAUUCCUAAACGUGUCAGAGGAGGACUUCAUCUCGUUACUUGCACGCAGCAUCUUGCCUUAUUCAGUCUGGCAGUAAGAAAGUAAGGUGGGGACCUGCCUUUAGGAGGUGUUGUGCAGCUGCUGUUGCGGCUCCAGAGGAGGAUCUGGAGGAUGGCACAGUGUCAGAAAUGAGGUUUUCUUCUGCUCAUGUUCUGCAUGACUGAGUUGAGUUGAAUGCAGAAACCUUUUCAGAAAAGAAAUGCUCUUUUUGUACGUAACUGAAGGAAAGAUAAGUCCUCUAAGGUGAAGCAGGGGGAGGAAAUUAAGUGUUGCAGGCAUUUUGCAGGUAACCCUGAACUGUUUAGGACGUGGACUAGCAUUCAGCUAGCCACGUGUUUUAUUUUCCCUCUGCUUUUAUACAUCAGUGGGUUCCGUAGCAAUUUUGUUCAUACUUAAGAGAUUGAAAGAGAAGUGAUUUGUUCCCAAGCUACUCCCUCACCUUUCAGCUUUGAAUAAAUACCUGAAGCACAAAGCUAGCAUCUGCACUCGUAUGCACUUGUUCCUUUAAAUCUCAAAGCUUGUACAGAUUUAGGGAAACAUAGAUCUAGUUAAGACUGACGUUCUUUGCCUUCACCUCUUCCUCCUCGUUUGGUGGGUGCAGAGAUUGUAUUGGCCAGGUUCAGCCCAAGUCGAGUUUGUUCUCUGAAGUCAACGCAGCUUUGCGCCCUGCAGCAGCCAGCGAUGCACACAACUCAAAGUCUUACCCGUAGUAUCACACUAAAUGUUUGUGGGUGCAAGGUUAGCUUAGCAGCUUAAAGUACUGUAGAAAUAUGUCUGUGUUUAAAACUGGGGGUUUCACACCUUCCCAGAAAAUAGGGGUGUAAGUGUCUGAAGCGGCCGGUGUUCGAUACCCUCGUAUUAGGGAUUUAAACAACUCUGAUCUUUGUGUUUUGAGUUGCAUUGCUACUGGAAAGAAAACCAAAAAUGGUUCUGGAGAGCUUUCACGUCAGGUCAAUCCGCUGUGAUUUUCCUUUCGAGCCACCUGUUCAGCAGGGGUUGCACUACUCACACAGCAAUAAACACUUAUUUAAGAUUUGGAAUAAAAGCUACACAUAUUUGGCACAAAUAGCCAGGAGAAGAGUUGCAGGUGUGUGAGGAAUGUUCUAAAACCUAUCAAAUGCGUUCAGUAAAUACAACUUGUUACACUUUUGGUUGGGACAAGUGCAAUAUGUGUUUAAUUUAUACCAAUUUUUCUAAAGAAACCUUAUUGCCCAGCAUUUUGCACCGUAACAAAACAUGCUGGAGAAACCUGUAAAACUGGUAUGUCUUUUUAUACCUUGGAGGUAUGUUGGAUGUUUUAGUGCCUACUUGCAUUGAGAUUCAAAUUGAAUGUUAAAUCUGUCUACUAAGCUGCACAUGCACAACAAUUCACAGCAAAGAGCAUUUACCCCUUUGUACAGGAGACUGAAAUGAUUGUAUAUGACAUUGAGGGAAUAAAUUUUUGACUUUGGUUUUA